UUAAUAUUAAGUUGAAGCAUUUUAUUUAAUGAAAGUAAUAAAAAAAUAAAGUGAGAGCUUAUCGUUUAAACUAAAAAGUUAUCUGAAAAAUCAGUGAUGAGUGUGGUAAAUUUGAAAACUUUAUGUCUGCUGCUCACAUUAUGUCUGUUUAACGCGGCUGUUGACUCUCAAUUCAUUAAUGUGCAAAGGACGAGUGAUGGAAAAGUCAUUUUUUUAUGCAAUUCAAUAAUUUCUACUAUAGAUGACAUAUCGUACGAAUGGUACAAUUAUAAUGAUAAAUUAAUAAGGAAUGAUUCGCACUAUGAGGUGGUAUGCAAUAAACUAAUUCUAAAGAAACUGCAUACUAAUUUACCACUUUACUAUAAGUGUGUGAUUGAGUUGAAAACCAUUGGAGCAAAAUUUGCAGUCACGAAAAAAAUUGAAAAUCGAGAUGUCGUUUCUAAAUUAUACAGAAAUAAAAGGCAUAAGAACGAAGCUCUCAAAUUCAUCACAAGUAUGAUGCCAAAUAAAAACUUUGAGCUUGGAUCAACUGGAAAAAUUCAUUGCAAGGCGACUGGCAGCAAGAGCAUUUUUUGGAAAAAUAAUCAAGGCGAUGAACUGCCAAAUAAUGUAGUCGAUGUCAACGGAACAUUAAUUUUUAAUAAUGUAGAUAUUAGUAUGAAAGGUAUUUACACGUGUAUUGCAUCUAAUGAUAACGAACAAAUAUCACAUCAAAUUGAAGUGAGGAUCUUGCCUGCUUUUGAAGUUAUCCCGCCAGAUAAAUUAUUUGUAAAUGAAUUAGAACCAGUGAUACUUCAUUGUACCGCUUCAGGAUCUCCAAUGCCAACAAUAAAAUGGGAUUUUGAGACAAAAAUGAUUAACUCUAAUGGACGUUUUCAAAUAUAUGAUAAUGGAUCGCUUUUUAUUCAAGAAUCUCAUUUAGAUGAUAGUGGUCGAUAUGGAUGCAUAAUAGGCAGCUACGCUGGUUUCAAAAGAAGCGAGACAUUUUUAACAGUUAAACAAGCUGAUUCACAAAAGGAGGAAAACGAUAGCCUGGACGAAACCAACAAUCUACUUUCAAACAAAGCUGUUUUAAUAACUUGCUCACUUGCCAUCAUCUAUAUCAUAUGUGUUGUUGUUCUAAUGAUUUGGUGUCGUCAAAGACGGGGUAUGAAACGACAAAUUGAAAUCGAUCCGGAAAAUCUAAAACUUCAUGACGAAAAUGAGACUCAUGCGGAAAAAUCAAAGCAUAAGACUCUUGUCAAGUCAUUAUCAUCAUCAUUUACAUUUGAUAUAAGACAUGAGAAAAUUACAGAAAUUAAAAAAAUUGGAAUAGAUAGUAAUUUCAAAAUGGAAAUUUUAAUAGGGUUCUUAAGUGAUUCAGAUCUUCCGUCCAAAAUCAUCAUGAAAGAUAAUGCUGUAACAGACGAGAUCAAAAUGCAACAACAAACUAAAGUUUUGAUAAAAACAAUCCGAAAAGAUCAGGAUGAAAGGACGUUUAUUGAAUUUAGAAGACAAGUUGAUCUUUUCUGCAAUGUUGAUUCAGAAAAUGUUGUGAAGCUUUUUGGACUAUCGAAGGAGUCAAAAAUUUAUGGAAUUAUUAUCGAACACGAUAACGAAUUAAAAUCGUUACUAACUGAAAGAGUUGACAUUUCAGUUCAAGAACUUUUAAAAUUUUGCCAUCAACUUGUAGCUGGAAUUGAGGCAAUUCACAAGAAAGCAAAGCUCACUCAUCGUGACAUAUCUUUAAUCAACUGUAUCGUGACUAAAGAAAAUGUUUUAAAACUUACAUCGAAAGCUUCAACAGACAACAGUGAUUAUUAUGAAUUCAAUAGCCAUCUACUUCAUUUAAGAUAUACAGCUCCUGAACUUUUCUCAAGCUGCAUAAGCAACGGUGAAAUUGAUUACACAUAUGCUAGUGAUAUUUAUGCUUGUGGGAUAACAAUGUGUGAAAUUUUAAACAAAGGAAAUCAAGCAUUUAAAUCACUUGGUAAAGAAGAUUUCGUAAAAAAGCUACAAGCACGCUCUCUCGAUUAUAAUAUACUCGUUACUUCAACACCGUCGGAUAUCAGUGAAAUUUUACUAAAAUGCCUAAAAAAUGAAGCAAAUGAACGUAUAGAUUCUAAUGAUCUCUUAAAUUGCUUGGAAGAAGCUAUGACAAGGAACAAUUAAUCAAUAACUGCUUUUUAAUACUAUCGCUAUAAGUUUUUUUAUUACCAAAGUAUUGAUAACUAGUCUGUAUGUAGAAUUAUAAACGAUAAAUUGUAAAAUUCUUUUUUUU